UUUCUUAAUUAAGUUUUUUAUAUUCUAACAAAAAUGAAAUCCAUAACUAUUGUUAUACUUAUCGUAACAAUUAUAUCGUUUAAUGCAAUUAUGGCUCAAAGAUGUCCUAAUGGUCGAUAUGUGACGUGUGGCAGUGCGUGUGAGACCACUUGUCAAAACUAUCGCCGUCCGCCCCGAUUCUGUACCGAACAGUGCGUACGCGGCUGUACCUGUAAUCCAGGUUAUGUAAAACUAAACUCCCGGAGCAACCGUUGCGUACGUAGGCAACAGUGUACUACAAGAAAUUGAUAUGAUAUGACCCCAACCGGUACAUAGACUUUGCUUUUGGAAAAUUGAAAAUUUAAUAUUAAUAAAAAAUAACAUUUUUUUAAUUAAUUUUACAAAUUUCAACAAAUAUUUAAAUAAAUUUGA